UUUUUCUAAUAAUCUCUGAACGUAAACCGAACUAAACCGAGGUUUAUUAACUGUACUCGUUACAGACGAUAAAAAGAAGAAACUUUGGACGAUAUAUGGAGAGUAAAAGUGUUUUUCUCCGGCGAAGUGAGAACUACUUUUUCCGGUAAAAUUACACAGAAACUCAUCUGCAACUGCAAGUGAGCUCUUUCCCGACUUGGCUAGGUUUUUGUGGUGCUUUUACUUAUGGAAACAAGAAAGAUACCAGUGUUGUGUUAUUGGAAUGGUUGUAUAAAAGAUGGUCCUGAUGGUCCAUUCUAUGAAGGAUCAGUUCCAAGAGUUAUUAGAGUUGAAGGCGACAUUGACUUGCCCAAAUUGUUGGAUCAUGUGCAUCGAGUUACUGGAUUUGAAAAGGGGAAGUUUCAGAUUGAAUUGAUUUGUAGGUAUCCUUACAUUGUUCAGAAGUCUAUGGUGAAGUAUGUGCGUUUGCCUAUUGUGGAUGGUUGUAGUUUAGAGACUAUGCUUGAGGUUCCAACUUAUCAUCCUUCUAUUAACAAUGUGGAGUUGUAUUUAGAGGUCAAACCGGUUCUUGAUGUCGUCGGUCUUGUUGCUAGUUCCUUGGCGAAUCAGGCGACGCGGAAGCGUUCUCGGCAAGAGGAUGGUGAUAUCGAAGCAGAAUGAAAUUUGAGUGUGAGAGAUAAAACAUCAAGAACUCCUCAGGAAGGUAACAGUAACGGGUGGAUUGAAGAAGAGGAAAGUAUGGAUGGCGGUAAGUGUAACUGUGGAGAUGGUGGUAAAAGUGGGACUGCACAGAAGGAUUCAAAUAUGAAAAAUCCAGGUCCAACAAUAAGCCUUAUAGAAAAUGACUCAGAGCAGAUGAUUUUCUCUAGUGAAUGGCUUGAUGAACGUGAGUUGCAUCUUGGGAUGGUUUUUCGAGAUAAAGAUGAGUUGGAGAAAGCAGUGAAACUGUACUCUAUUCGAAGACAACGAAUGUACACUAAAUAGAAAGUGACCGCUCAGGUAUCAUUGAAUAUAAGUGCAAGACUUACUGCGUAUGGACUGUCAAGGCUGCUAAAACGAACAACAAUGGGUUUAAGAUAAAAGAAUAUAUAGGUCCACAUAGUUGUAAGCCAGCAAAUGUGAGCUCAGAUUUUCUGGCAGGUGAGCUCAAAGGUCUAAUCAAGGGUCAACCCUCGCUCUCAGUUGCAGAGCUAAACAUGUGGGUGAAAGAAGAAUUUGGCUGCACAGUCUCGUGUACUAAUAUGCGGGAUGCUAAAAAGAAAGCUUUCAAUGCAAUCUUGCGAGAUUUGGACAAUAGUUUUAACAGAUUUCCCAAGUUCAUGGCUGCCCUUAGCUCAUCU